CUGUGUUGGUUGAGAGACUGAGGGAGGGAGUAUCAUCUCGGCGAUAAUGUGAAAUGCAUGAACUGGAUACGUGAGCGCAGCGGUAAGAACUUUUCAAGGGAAGGAGAAGUUGGAAAAUGCAGCCUAACCUUUCGCCGCAGGCUAUUGAAACGUUUAACAGAGGGUGAAGCUGCAGGAGGCACCGAAAAAGUCUGUCGAAACUGCAAAGGAUAGUUUAGUGUUCGAAAUAGUUCGCCCGAGUCGUAGUUUAGGCUACACUACAUUUCGACUGGAUUUAAAAAUAACGGUUGAUUUUUUUACAUCCUCCGCCAAGAACGCCCUUUGGAGAUAAUAGAUUUCCUGCGGACCUGAGGGCUGAUCACACUGAACAACAUUGGAAAACAUCUGACAUCGCUGGUUGUUGUGAUAAACCAGUGUUAGGUCAGUGAACAGACAACGGAAGAGUUCUGUUCAUACUACAAGAUUCCGAAACGUGGAGAAUUGUGAGCAUAAACGAUAAUGAGGGGAAAAACUACGGUUAUUCGAGGAGGAAAGGAAGAAAAGGAGUGAGAUCUUACAAACUACUUGAAAGUGUGAGGGUAUGCACGAGACAACAGGCGUUUGAAUAGUUAGAACACAAAAAUCUAAGCGUGUUUCCAGUAGGCUAUUGUGUAAAACUGGACCAAGCAGCGGUAGGCUACUUGCAACAUCGCCAAUAUAAUCCUAACACACGCUGGACCCCCCCCCCCCCAUACUCACUGAACUUUUCGAACUUUUCAAAUCAAGUAAAGUUGGAACUACGGGGGGGGGGAUUGCAUAUCAUAAUGAUACAUUUUAGCCUACGCUGUUGAAGUGAUCCCUGUGUAGAAAAGGGUAGUUUGAACAAAUGUCCGCCUGUAGCAGCUCCUCUCCUCAGCCUUUUCCAAGACUCUAUCCUGUGGCUCAACAUGUCGCUGCCCCACCGACUCCCUCACCAUCCCCGAGUCCACCGGCGACCCUCUACAACCGCCUGUCGAAUGGGAGUGUCAGCGCCCCGAGCCCCACAAACUCCAGAGGCUCGUUUCAUGGAGUCUCUUUCCUGCUCCAGAUUGGACUCACCAGAGAAACUGUGAACCUGGAGGCUCAUGACAUGUCCCUCAACGCUGUGAAAGACCUGGUGUGCUCGAUAGUGGACCAGAAGUUUCCAGAAUGUGGGUUCUUCGGCAUGUAUGACAAGAUCCUGCUCUUCCGCCACGACCUCAACUCCGACAACAUCCUGCAGAGGUUGACGUCAGCUGAAGACAUCCACGAGGGGGACCUGAUUGAAGUUGUUCUGUCUGCGCUCGCCACUGUUGAGGACUUCCAGAUCCGGCCGCACACUCUCUACGUGCACUCCUACAAGGCGCCGGCCUUCUGCGACGACUGCGGGGAGAUGCUGUGGGGUCUAGUGCGCCAGGGACUCAAAUGCGAAGGGUGUGGACUUAACUACCACAAGCGCUGUGCCUUCAAGAUCCCCAACAACUGCAGCGGUGUGCGCAAGCGACGCCUGUCCAAUGUCUCUCUGCCCGGCUCCUCACUGUCCAUCCCGCGUCCCGCGCCCAUCGAGACUGUCGUCGCGUCCCCGGAAGAGGUGAGCAUGCAGCGCCCCCUGUUGGAGGCUGGGAAGCGCAUCCCGUCCUGGAGCGGCCGCCCCAUAUGGAUGGAUAAGUUGGUCCUGGGGCGGGUCAAGGUGCCGCACACCUUCAACGUGCACACCUACACGCGGCCCACCAUCUGCCAGUACUGCAAGCGCCUGCUCAAGGGCCUCUUCCGCCAGGGCAUGCAGUGCAAAGAUUGUAAGUUCAACUGCCACAAGCGAUGUGCGUCCAAAGUGCCAAGAGACUGUCUUGGAGAAGUAGUCUUCAAUGGGGAGCCUGCCAGCCCUGGGCCUGACUCUGAGGUCACUAUGGAGGUGGACAACAGUGACGUGAACAGCGAGGGCAGCCGAGGCAUGGACGACGCCGAAGAGGUGUCCACACCAGAGGACAAGAUCUUCUUCAUGGACUCUCCCUUCAUGGAUGCAGACAAGGACGAUGGGGAGACAAUCAAGACCAUAAGUCCAUCCACGAGCACCAAUAUCCCGCUCAUGCGCGUGGUCCAGUCCAUCAAGCACACCAAACGGCGUAGCUCCACUGUGGUGCGGGAGGGCUGGAUGGUGCACUACACCAGCAGAGACAACCUGAGGAAGAGACAUUACUGGAGACUGGACAGCAAGUGUCUCACCCUCUUCCAGAAUGACGGCGGAGCCAAGUAUUACAAGGAAAUCCCGCUGUCGGAGAUCCUACAGGUGGAAACGGCCCAUGACUUCCGGAACCUCGCGCAGGGAGGCAACUCGCACUGCUUCGAGAUCAUCACCGACACCAUGGUGUACUACGUGGGGGAGAACACGGGCGGACACUUCCACAACCCGGCGCUGGCGGCCUCGGGCGUGGGCCUGGAGGUGGCCCAGGGCUGGGAGAAGGCCAUCCGCCAGGCCCUGAUGCCCGUCACGCCCCAGCCCAGCGUCUGCACUGGCCCCGGCCAGGGCAAGGACCACAAUGAGCUCUGUGUCAGUAUAUCAGUGUCAAACUCCCAGAUCCAGGAGAAUGUGGAUAUCAGCUCCGUCUACCAGAUCUUUGCAGACGAGGUCCUGGGUUCGGGACAGUUUGGGAUUGUCUAUGGUGGCAAGCACAGGAAGACCGGAAAAGACGUUGCCAUUAAGAUUAUCGACAAGAUGAGAUUCCCCACCAAGCAGGAGAGCCAGCUGAGAAACGAGGUGGCCAUUCUGCAGAGCCUGCACCAUCCCGGCAUUGUCAACCUGGCGUGCAUGUUCGAGACUCCGGAGCGGGUCUUUGUGGUCAUGGAGAAGCUCCACGGCGACAUGCUUGAGAUGAUCUUAUCCAGCGAGAAGAGUCGCCUUCCCGAGCGCCUCACCAAGUUCCUCGUCACCCAGAUUCUGGUGGCUCUGAGACACCUCCAUUUCAAAAACAUUGUCCAUUGUGACCUGAAACCGGAGAACGUGCUGUUAGCAUCUGCAGAGCCCUUCCCACAGGUGAAGCUGUGUGACUUUGGCUUUGCCCGCAUCAUUGGGGAGAAGUCUUUCCGCCGCUCUGUGGUGGGCACCCCUGCCUACCUGGCCCCCGAGGUCCUCCGCAGCAAAGGCUACAACCGCUCCCUGGACAUGUGGUCGGUGGGGGUCAUCGUCUACGUCAGCCUGAGUGGAACGUUCCCCUUCAACGAGGACGAGGACAUCAACGACCAGAUCCAGAACGCUGCCUUCAUGUACCCGCCCAACCCCUGGAAGGAGAUCUCUGGGGAAGGUGAGGGGGAGCUGCAGGGUGCUGAUGGUUGUCGGGGAGACGGAGAUGCCAACACAGGAAUAGCAAUCGACUUGAUAAACAACCUACUUCAAGUGAAGAUGAGGAAGCGUUACAGUGUGGAUAAAUCUCUUAGCCACCCAUGGCUGCAGGAUUACCAGACCUGGUUGGACCUUCGGGAGUUUGAGACGCGCCGUGGAGAGCGAUACAUCACCCAUGAGAGCGACGACGCUCGCUGGGAAGAGUACGCAGACGAGAGGAGCCUGCCGUACCCCAAGCACUUCAUCAUGGCUCCAAACCUGGACGACAUGGUGGAGGACCCCUAGCUGCUGGGAGGAUGAACUACAACUUCUCCAAAAGUGGUUGGAGGAGGAUAGUUGAUUUUCCUCAGACUCUAGGCAGCGCAGGCCCUGUGGUCAUAUGGAACCAUCUGCCUUUAGAAACGGUUUCGCAAGAAACUUCGGGGGAAAGAGACAUGGGGUCUUGUCCUGCACCCGUGUCCAUGCCCUGUCGCACGAAAAGUGAGUUCUGUGUAUGGCUUUGGUGCCUAUUGUGGUGCAUGCAACAGUGCCCUACCACUGUUGACACACACAAUCAGGGCAUGGUGGGAAUUUUUUUUUUUUCAGGUUUCUUUUUUUUUUCCUUAAAGAACAUUCCAGAGAUUGGAUGGGGCUCUCUCUCUCUCUUUCAGUCUCUAGUCUCUGCUGCCUUUUUCAGCUAGCCAUAACACGAGUCUCUUGAGCCUGAAAGAUAAACUUUGAGUGUUUGGGAACCCUUCUAUUAGAGUUAGUUAAUAAACAUUUGCACUGCCAUUCAAAACCAGCGAAGGGCUCAUGGUCUGGACCAAAUCCAAGAGAGAUGGAUGCUUGAGAUUUUUAACUUCUACCCAGCGUAUUUUUCUAAACUCCUUGCCUUGUGUUUUUAAGAUGUUCCCCAAAACUACAAGUGAUUUGAGCUUGCUUGAGAGUAUUUUGGAAAGAAACAUGUAUAUGCAAUGGUUUUAUGUGAGGCUUUUAAACUGGAACACACAAGAAAUAUAUUGCAAAGAUAUUUUACAUCCUUCUUCUUCGCUGAAGCAUAGUGGUCCUAAAAUCUUUGUGUUGUAAAUGAACAUGUUUGCCCCAGUUGCCUUUGAAAUGAAAUCUGUUUUUCAGAGUCUUCUGGGUAAAUUACUGUCACUGUCACUUGUGUUUUGCUUUCUGAAGUUGAGAGUGUUUAGCAUUUCAUAUUAAUGACCAUCUUUAACGUGUUCAUGCUGCUGGUAGCGCCUGUUGUAAGCAGCCCCUCAAGCCUUUGAUGGAUGAAGGAACGUGAAGGUAGCUGUUCAGCUCACCCAGGCAAACCUAGAUGAAGAAGUUGUUUGAAUAAUUAUAAACACACACACACACACACACACACACACACAGGCACGUACACACACACACACACACACAGUAUGCUCUGUCCAAGUGUGAAACAUCAGCACAAGAGCUGUUUUUUGAGUCCCGUCUCUGUUUCGUUAUAUCUAUGACUACCAGCAAAAUCCUGAGAAAAGACACAGUUGGGAACAGUCGGCGCUGUAAAAUGGACAAUCAGCCAGCUUCCUCCCGCUGGGCCGCCAAAGUCAAAGCACACGAAACAGAGCUAGAACAGAGGAAUGCCUGUUCCCUAUAGUCCUGAGAAUUGAAGAUGAACUUAAGCAUUUCACAAUGUGUAUUGUGUAACACUGCUGAGGGGUUAAAAAGCACAUGAAGAUGGCUGAAGAGUUGUUGGUACAGGUCAAAUAUUUCAGGUCCAGAUGCCUUUAGUGCAUGUUCAUGGCUAUUCAUCAUGGCGUUGGAGUUUUAAAAUGUUUUUUUUGUUUGUUUUUUUCUUAACAUGCAGAAGGCUUAAGUCACUCAGUGGAAGUUUGAAUGAAUGCAUUCUCUCACUAUAGGUCUACAUCUACAAAAGGUUUUGAAUUCAAAUAUAUUUUUUCUACCAUUUAUGACCAAAUGUUGUGUUUUUAAUUCUUGGUAAUGUGACCAGUUUAAAUGUUUCUGUGGAUACGUUAUGAGUGUUGUCAUUGGUCUUAUGUAAUGUCCUGGUUACACACAUUGUGAGGUGACCAGGUCUGAUUUGAAGGACACAGUGCUUUUGUAUGAACCUACAAAGAGACUCCUAAGGCUUCAUAUUGCUGUGUGUUCACUAUAGGCUUUCACUCAGGCUUAGACAGUGGACAUGAAUGAACCAUUAAUGCCGAGAUGCUACCGCCAAUAUGUGUACUUUGCCUCGUUACUAUGCUGGUUGUGUUAUGAAGACCACAGUGCGUCUUCAUUAGUUCCGUACUCAAUAUGUAUGUUUUGUUUUAGUUUCCUGUAGUGUGCAAUCACUUCUAAGAAAAACUCACUCUGGCUUGUGUUGGUUGAUUGGUAAUACGCUGGUUGCAUGUGUGCAGGAACUCGGUAUGCCUUAAGUAGCGCGUUUGUGUUGGUGUGUAAAUGCACACAGAUUCAGGUCGAUUUUGAGUUGGUAUGAAGCAUUUUCUCCCCAAAGUGCUUGUGUUCACUAUUAUUUUUGUAGUAUUCUUUAAUCGUGUAGCAUCUAUGUGAAGAUCCUUUCGUAAGUCUAUUUCUGUAUUUUUCUGUAUUUUGUGUGUAUGUAUGUGUAUAUAUGUGUGUGUGUGUGUGUGUGUGUGUGUGUGUGUGUGUGUGUUUGGCCUACCUUCACUGAUGCAUUUGGAACAGAUCCAUCUGCUCUGGCUUGUCCAGAUUUGACAUUUGAUCCCUCAAUAAGCGGCCAAAUUGAACGGAAACAUUACAGUAAGGCUGUACAUCUGCUGAAAGGGAGGCUGUGGGCAUCAUACCGCUAGUGAUGUUAUGUCUUAACUUUUACAAGCCCCCACUCCAUUUAGUCACAGCAGAGCCACAAUUAAACAUCCUCUUUGUCAGGAGAGAUCAGCAAUAAAUGUGGUGGAAAUUUGAUUCUUUGACAAUUUUGAGACCGUGUUUACCAGUGAAAGACCCUAAAAUGACUUUUUCCUGUGAAAUGCAGACCGUUUGAAUUUGGGAGCGGGGAGGUUUAUUGGAUUACUUUGGGAUUGUGAGGGCCGCCCGUCUGGAGUCAUUCCUUUUUAACUUGAACUGUGAUUAUAAUAAGUUGGGUGGAUUCUGUCAAUGCGACCAACCACCACUACCCUGUGAAGGAUGCCAUAUUUAUAUGUCUAAAGCACACAUCUAUGGGUGAUAAACUUUCUGAGAAUCAUAUGAAGCUCAUGCUGCCACUGGAUUGGCAGAUGUCGGUGUUUUGUAUGUUUUACUACUCACAUAUCUUAAUAAAAACAGCCUCUAACAUCUGA